CUGAGAAUGUGAAGUGUAUUUUCAAAAUUUUUACAAGAUUAGACGAAUGUGUCAAACGAAGGAAUCUUGUAGCUGUUCUUUGAAAUUACUUACUCUUCAUUGUUUAUCACGUCACCUAGUUCGCUGGAAAUAUUUAGCAGCUACUUCAUCCAUUUUCUUCAUUUUGUCGACUUCUAUCAUUUGUAUUGCCUUUUUCCAUGUACCUGACCUGAGCAAUCCUUUCGUUGAUUUUGUGUCGAUUGGAACCAGUUUAUCAGCUCGCAUUCAGCAGUUUCAGGCAUUGCUAACUGAAACAUCAAGUAGUCCUGAAUAUUUUGCUCAAAAUGAUCUAAAAUGGAACAAAGAAUAUGGGUCAAUAUUUACUAAUGUUGAAAAUCGAGCUAAUAAUUUUCAUAAAACGGUUGUUGAUCGGUUUCGACGUAACGUUAAUGUCGACUAUUUUGAAAGAAAAUAUUGUCUUCAAGAAACCGCUAGUGAAAUAACCAAACCAGUCAACAGUUUAUGGGACGUAUAUGCAAAAUACAGUCGAAUAGUUUUUUCUAUAGACUAUAAUCAAAUUAUCGAUAUGCCUAACAAAUCUUUGUUCAUUCAAAAUUUAAUUAAUUCAAAGGAGAAUUUGACAUAUUUUGGUGAACCAUCAUUAUUGUAUAUUAUUUUAUCUGAUCUGUGUAAAUUACAGUUAAGAAUUAUUCAGUUAUCUACAUAUGAAGAGUUAUGUUAUACGAAAACAUCUAAACGAUACAAUAAUACGCAUUUAUUUACUGUAGAUAACAAGAUUGAGAAUAAUAACUGUUGUUCCAUUUGGAGUCUGCCAAACAUGAUUGCAUCAAUUUUCAAUAAGCAAUCUUGUGAACAACUGGAAUAUAUUGAUGCCAAGCAAACUGCUGAGUUAAUUUCUAAUUGUUAUCCAGCUUUUCUUUCUGGUCAUCUACGUCGUUCAUGUUGGGAUAAUUAUGGUACAGAUCCUGGUUUACUAUGUCCUAUGGUACACCCAUCACAAUGUUUAUAUUCACCUUUAUUGCCAAUAAUUCUGGCUGUUCUGUUACCAAAUAACAGUAAUAAUUUUAGUAGCUGGGAAACAAGCUUAAUGGUUUUGCCUAUACACGCUACUGGUUCACAUUUAUUUUUUAAUGACAUUGAAAAUGAAUAUAAAUCAGGUAGACUUACAAAAGGAUUACAUAUUCCAUUUCAUUUUGAUGGGAUAUAUAUACAAGAAUAUGAUGAAAUUGUUACUCAGUUACUUUAUCGUGAUACUUUUUGGCUGUUUAUUAGUUUACUAUGUUUAAUCAUCUUAUUAACAAUAUGGACUCGAACUAUCUUCAUACCAAUUCUAACUGUACUCGCCAUUGUAUGGUCUCUAUUAAUUGCCUAUACUGUAUAUACAAUAGUAUUAGGCAUUCCACAUUUUCCAGUUAUCAACUUAUUGGCUAUUGUUUUGGUAACUGGACUUGGUGCAGACGAUCUAUUAGUAUUUUAUCAGAUUUGGAAACAGAAGCGCCUUCUAUUGCUUCAAACAAUUUCCACUGGAAAUGUUAAUCAUGACAAUAAAUUAAAUGUGAUUCCCAAUUUCGAAACACAAGAACUCAUAUCAUCAAAUCAGAAUAAUGAAUUAAGCCUCUCAUCUUCAUUAAAUAAUAGAACUAAUAUUAUAUCAAAUAAUUGUUUUACUAUGGAUUCAAUUUCAAUUCAUUUACAAAAUUAUCAACUUAUCAAUGAUCAACAAUUUGUUGAAUGUUUACAUUACACCAUGUUACAUGCUAUUCCAUCAAUGACAUUAACUACCAUUUCAACUAUAUGUGGUUUAUUGAUUAAUUUAUUAUCUUCCAUUGUUGCUGUAAAACGUUUUACUAUAUUUGCUAGUCUUGUUAUUUUUUGCAAUUACAUAUUCAUAUUAAUUAUGAUUAUACCAAUGAUAAUUCUAUUUGAAUUAAAUUGUCAAUCAAUUUGUAAACAUUUUAUUGUUUUAUCAUUUUAUAAAUAUUAUCAAUCUUUUUCUAAAGUAGUUUAUCAUUUGAUUUUAUUCUUUAAUAAAUUAAUAAUUAGAUUACAUUUUAUUUUUCCAUUCAUUAUUAUUAUUACAUUAAUAUUUACAAGUUAUCAAUUAUUAUGGUUACGUAAAUUUGUUAUACCACAAAAUCAUCAGCAUAGUUCUACAUUUCUACGCUUAUAUCAUCCAUUAGAACAAUUUAGUCGUAAAAAUGUUAAUUCAUUUUGGGCUGAAUAUAAUUUACAUUAUUAUCAGAAUUUACUGAAAAUUAAUUUCGUUUGGGGUCCUCAACCACAUGAUGAACGAUCGUUAUUCAAUUAUAAUCAUGAUAUACAUAUUCAUUCAAAACUAUUGCUUUAUUCAUCUCCUACGAUCAAUUUCACUUCAAUUAAUUCACGUUUAUGGCUAUUGAAAUUUUGUAAUGAAUUAAAACGUAUGCCAUUUUUAUUCCAAUCUUUAUCCACAAAUUAUCGUCAACACACGCUAAGCUCAUUACAAUUGUCCAAUUUAAAUCCUUUCAUAAAUAUACCUGUUUGGUGUCCAUUUGGUCGUUAUAUAAAUUCGAUUGAUAAUUAUAUAUUCUCAUUGAAUUGUUUAUUGGAUACAAGUACUUGUUGUUUGAAUGGAAAACCUUUACAAAUUUAUAAUUCUUCUGUUAUAUCGUUUCUAUCUUGUUUAAAUGAAUAUGUAUCACGUGAAAACCAACAUGGAUAUAUUUCUGGAUUUCGAUUUAUGCAUAAAUCUGGAAUGAAUGAACCUGUAGGGUUUAUUGUCAAUGCGUUAACUAACAUCUCUUUAAUUUCAUCUUCACAUUAUGAUAUAGAAAAGGCUAUGAAUAAAAUAACCAUAUGGUUUAAUAAUUUAAUAUCAAAUGCACCUAAUUUACUAAAUCAUGGUUUUCUAGUUGUAAAUGAAUUGGAAAAAUUUGAAAUCACUUCAAAUAUUACACAAUAUGUAUAUCAUAGCAUAAUGAUUGCUGUAAUUAUUGCUAGUCUGCUAAUAUUUUUAAUUGGUAAGAACAUAUUACUUUCUGUAUUAUCACUUUUAUGCUUAACUUGUUGCCUGUUAUCAUCUAUCACCAUAUUAACUUGUAUAGAUAAUUGGAAAUUAGGUAUAAUUGAAGGUUUAGUAAUUAGUUUAGCUGCUGGUAUUGCCAUUGAUCCAUGCAUACACUUAGCUUAUGCUGUAUCUGAUAAAUGCAAUGCAGGUAGUUGGCGAUGUCAACAAUCGUUUUGUUCUCGUAAUAAUUUACUUUCUGUACUGAAUUCUUUAGGUCCAGCGAUUAGUGGAUCAGCUUGGACUAGUGCAAUAACUGGUCUUCCUAUGUUAUUUUCUAAUCUGCUUUGUUUUCAUCAGAUUGGUGCAUUUUUGUCGACAUUAAUGUUUUGUUCAUGGUUUUUUUGUUAUAUUGUUCUCACUGGUGUCCUCGCUUUUGUUGACCACGUUUUCUCAUAUUUUAAAUCUAACCGGGUGUAUCUAUAAUAUUUUCUAUCUUUUUUCUUUAUAAAUUUUCUUAAAAUUGAUUGUAAAUAUUAAUAAUGUACAGUUAUAUACAUCUUUUGAAAUGAAUACACUUUAAUUUUACACGAA